UUAGGUAGCGACUGCCUGCGCACGACCUCAUCACAGGGGCACAUCUACCUUGCCGCCCGUCGCAUUCGCCGGUUGUUCGCACCGUCAUCAAAUAAAUCACGGGUAAAAUGAGCGAGAAAACAAGGAAGACGUUCGUCGUCGACACGGUGUCCCUGAUCAAGGCGGUGAGAGAGCGGCCGAUCGUGUGGAACUACAACCACAACGAUUUCAACAACAAGCAUCUGCGAGAGCGGGCUUGGAGCGACAUCGCCGAGCAUCUGUUCAAUGAGAAGUUCAAGCGACUGCACGAGGGCGAUCAGCUCAUGAACAUUAGCAUGCUACAAAAACGCUGGAAGAAUAUUAAGGACACGUAUACGAGAUACAAGAAGAUGUUGGCCGAGAAAGUGAAUAACAAACCCAGGCCAUAUAUUCAUGCGAAAAAAUUACAAUUUUUGGACUACAAUAAAAGAGACCACCGGGAGAUGAGCUUGGAGUACAUCGAUGACAAAGAUGGGGAAGAAGCGACUGAGGAGGAAGAUCAAACGGCAGAAUUAAAAAUUAAAACCGAAGAAAACGAUUCCGAUAUGAUUGAAUUUGAAACUUCCAAAUUCACUGUAGAGGAUACAAAAAGCAAUUCUUCUAACAGUGAAGAUUACAAUGCAGAAGGAGACUUCCAAAGGUCUAAAAAAGAUUUAAUCGACAAUUACAUUGUGAAAGCGCCUGUUUUUGCCAGCACGUCCGUUUGUAACGUGGCAGACGUGCCGGAAAAGAGCGUGACAAAAAAUACGGACGCAGACAACGAUGCAGAUAAAUUGUUUAUGAUGUCUAUGGUGCCCCUAUUUAAAAAACUUAGCGAUGAAAAAAAGAUGACAGCACGAAUACAAUUGACGCAAGUUUUACAGAGACUCCUCUACCCGCCGAAUAAAUCCAGUUAAUAACAUAACUUAUUUAUAAUUUGUACAUGAGACUGUAAAUAAUAGUUCUAGAGACGUAAAAUAAAAUUUUCUAUUAAAUAUCAGUU